AUGUCUUCAGCCGUAACGAAGCGCCUCGAGGGCAAGACCAUCGUGAUCACGGGUGCCUCGUCGGGAAUCGGCCGUAGUACGGCGUUCGAAUUCGCGCGGACUGCCCCCAAGAACCUAAAGCUGGUGCUUACGGCGCGGCGGGUGGAAACUUUGCGCCAAAUCGCCGACGAUAUCGUAAAAGAGGUUGGCGACGGUGUAAAAGUCUUGCCUGUGAAGCUUGAUGUAAGCGUUCCCGAAGAGGUCCGCGGUUUCGUGGCAGGCUUGCCGGAGGAAUUCCGCGAUAUCGAUGUGUUGGUGAAUAAUGCCGGCCUCGUCAAAGGCGUAGCCCGCGCCCCGGAGAUCGCUGAGGCCGACAUCAAUGUCAUGUUCGCGACCAACGUAACGGGCUUGAUUAAUAUGACGCAGGCUAUCCUGCCCAUCUACCUCGCACGCCCUGACGGCGGUCGCGGCGACAUCAUCAACAUCGGCAGCAUCGCCGGCCGCGAGCCGUACGCGGGCGGCGGGAUCUACUGUGCCACCAAGGCCGCCGUCCGCAGCUUCUCCGAGUCCCUGCGCAAGGAGCUCAUCUCUUCGCGCGUCCGCGUCCUCGAGAUCGAUCCCGGCCAAGUCGAGACAGAAUUCUCUGUCGUCCGAUUCUAUGGUGACAAGUCUAAAGCUGAUGCUGUCUACGCUGGUUACGACCCUUUGACGCCUGAUGAUAUUGCCGAGGUAGUCGUAUUUGUUGCUGGAAGAAGAGAAAAUGUAGUAGUAGCCGACACUCUCGUUUUCCCCAACCACCAAGCUGGUGCUGGUAUUAUGCACAAGAAGACAUAA